GACGGCAGCAACAACAGCAGCCACAGCACUGGCAGUGGAGCCAGCCUGGAUCGAGAUUCCGAGUCUAGUCCUGUCGAUACACCGCACAGCUCCUGGCUGCGCGUAUUCAAUACAGACUUGCCAGCCUCAGCAGCAGGCGCAGGAAGUCUCCCCACCAGCAGACCGUGGGUGGCAGCCGCUGCGCUGCAGCAGUCGGCGGUUGCUGCUGCCGCUGCUGAAGCUUUCAUGCGUCGGAGCCCUUCCGCUCCAAGCCUCGUGAGUGGCGUACUAAGAGACUGUCCGCAGAGCAAGCAGCAGAUGCAGGUGCUCCAGGAGCAGCUCUUCAUCCAGCAGAUGCAGCACCUCAAGCUGCGUCACGCAGAUCAGCAGCAAGAAUUUAGGCAAGAAAAGCCAAAGGGCCUGCAGCCGCAGCAACAGGUUCCCAGCCUCAUCGUUUCAGCCAUCGAAUCCUCCGAGAAAACGGCACCGCGAAAACAACAACAACACCAGCAGCAACAACAUCAACAGCAGGAGCAGCAGCAGCAGCAGCAGCAGGGAGGACCACCCCUCUCAGAGCAGCUCGAUGGUGAUGGCUGCUCGCGGCGAAUUUCCCAUCGUCAUCGGAGGCAGCAGCACAAGGGAGGGGCAGCAGCAACUGCAAGCGGCUCAGGAGGGAGUGGUGCUGCUGCAGGAAAAAUGGGCAGGAUAGCUGAAGGCAUUGUAGCCGCCGCUGCAGCCCACACCACAACUUCCGCGUCUGCUGCUGCUGCAGCUUGCUGCAGUCCUUCAAGAAAACGGCGAGGAACGCGUCCUCCAAGAAACCGUGCAGGCAGUAGCAGCAACAGCAGCAACAGCAACUGCAGCAACAGCAACUGCAGCAACAGCAACUGCAGUAGACCACGGACCAGAGCUCAGAGUGAUGCUACACACUCCAUGUUUAAGAGGAAGGCACAACAUGUGGAGGAUCAAUUCUUCCGCAUCAAGAUGUGCCAGAAUUUCCUGAACGGGAGUUGCACAAAGAGUCGCGCCUGCAGCUAUGCGCACAGCGUAGAAGAGCUGCGAGAGCCACCGGCGCUGACGAAGACGAAGAUGUGUGUACAUUGGCAGGCGACGAAACUGUGCAAGUUCUGGGUAAGGGGAGGUGUCUGUCCAGCUGGCGAUAGCUGCCGUCACGCGCACGGAGAGAAGGAACUACGGAAACGCAACUACCGUCGGACGGAGCUCGAGAAGUUCGCUUCUGUACAUGGCCUUAACAUUGUUGCGUUGCUGGAGGAGUUGCGAGGAGCAGCCAACCUAAAUGUAGCAGCAACAGCGGAAGCAGCAGUCUUGAGGAACAGAGCCAAGAAGAGUUGCGCGGGGGAUGGGCACCCUACUGCGGGCACUGGCGCUGGUGCUGCUUCUGCUUCUGGCGCAGCUGUGUCUCCAGCUGCUGCUUCCGCAGCUUCUGCAGCAGCUUCUGCAGCAGCAGCGUCUGCAGCAGCAGCACCUGCUGCAGCAGUGCCAAACGAGCAAUCGCAGCAGCAUGCGAUGAUGCACCCGCCAUCGAGAGCAGAAAAGCCCCGCGGUGCCUCUUCGCCCCUGCAGACCAACAGAGUGACCUCUGUGGAUGGCUGCAUGCACGUGCAGCAGCUGCAAGUGCAGCAGCUGCACAGACGGGGUGCUGACAGUACACCUGGAUCGCGCAAGUCGCAAGGGAGCCAGCAAGCGCAGUAUCCGCAGCCGCAGUUUGCCGCUGCCGAUGCUGAUCCGACUCGCUACUGGCAGCAGCACGAGCAGCGUCAGCAGCAGCCGCAGCCGCAGCCUUUGCUCCUGAUGCAGGGCACUGCAGUGGAGCGAGGUGCUCCAGUGUACGCGCAAGUGCCUUUUGUUCCUGCAGAAGUUUACUCCCCCCUCCCGGGGUUAGUUCCUUACCCAGGUCCAUAUGUGCAGGUUCCCUACGCUGCCGCAGCAGCAGCUGCGGCGGCUGCUGCUGCUCCGCAGUAUGCGCAUACCAGUUUCCCACUAGGUCUGUACCCCCCGUAUCCACUGAUGCAGAUGCCUCCCGUGCAACAGCAGCAGCUACACCCCACAGCUGCAGGAGCUGCAAGUGCGCUUGCUCCUGCUGCUGCUGCAGCGGCGGCUGCUGCAGCGCAUCCGCAUGCAGCGGCGCUAAAACGCCACCGUUACCAGUCUCUGCCUGCAUAG